UGCAGUCGUGGCAUGGCCCUGGCGCGGUCGCCGGCAAUUUCCCCCCGCUUUGCUCAUACAAUCUCGACUCCGACGGCUUCGUCUUACCUCCGUCUGAGAUGCAAUCUGCAGGAUAACUCCGGAUGUCCUAUACCAAAUUCCCAGAAUCUGCAGAUGUUUAUUCUGGGCAUGGGUUUCGUGGGACAAUUCUUUGCUGCUGAUUUGAAGAACAAAGGAUGGGUGGUGAGUGGGACCUGUACCAGCAUUCCUAAGAAAACGAAACUCGAACAAAUGGGAUUUGAUGCCUACAUCUUUGACGCAAAUGACCCUGACCCGGAAGUUCUUGAUGUCAUACAACAUCACAGUCAUCUCGUUAUAUCAAUUCCUCCUGUUGCGGGUCUUGGUGAUCCUAUGCUGCAUCAUAAAGGGCUAUUGAAAAGUAAACUAAAACAAGGCAAUGUUAGGUGGCUUAGUUACUUGUCAUCAACUCGUGUAUAUGGAGAUAGUUGUGGUGCAUGGGUGGAUGAAGAUCAUCCGAUCAUUCCCACUAAUGAGUUGGCUAGAGCUAGAUUAGCUGCUGAGGAAGGAUGGUUAAGGUUUGGUCGUGAUCUGGACGUGGCAGUACAAAUAUUUCGACUCGGAGGUAUCUAUGGCCCUGGCAGAAGUGCCAUUGAUACCAUAAUUAAGCAGGAGCCACAGUCCACAAGUCAGAGAAUGCGAUCAUCGAGGCGUUACACAUCCAGGAUCCAUGUUGCUGACAUCUGCCAAGCACUCAAUGCCAGCAUAGAGAAGCCAUCUGGAGGGAAAAUAUACAACAUUGUUGAUGAUGACCCUGCCCCACGAGUGGAAGUCUUUACAUUUGCACAGAAUUUGGUGAAGAGCAAGUGGCCAGACCAUGGACAACCACUCAUCAAUCCUCUAAUAACAGACUCCCUCAUCCCAGAGGGAGGCUACAGUGAGGAGAAGCGAGUCUCAAAUAGACGUAUGAAGGAAGAGCUGGGAGUGAAGCUGCUUCAUCCUACUUAUAGGUCUGGAUUGCAGGAUAUAAUUGGCCAUGUUGAGAGUCCAUUCGUCCACAAUCCGCCAAGUCCAUGAGAUUCUGUUGUUAAUAGCUGAAGAGAUUUGGCAGAGGCCAGCUGCAGGUAAUUGAAUAGAUGGUGACUUUUAAAUAGCGUACUGCAUUUCCAUUGAACAUGCUGACUAGCUUAGUAGUCCCUAGAGCUGGCAUUGAUGCAUUUGGGGAGGCCGAUAUGAUGACUGAGGACUGGGAAGGAUAACCUGAAAUGGCGUAAACAUGUUUGAAAAUCCAACUUGUGCAGGGCAUUGGUUUGUGGUAAUAGAACCAACUGGCGUUGAGAGGUAGUUAGGAAGCUGCAAAAAGCGACGAUAGAAAGCGAUGGAAAAGAGGUGCGGCGGGCAGCUUCCAGAACCGCUAAACGGAAUAAUGGCCAAUGGCGUGCCCGACAAAAGCACAGGAAUGGAGAACAUGGACGAGUUUCGACGGCUUCUGAGUUCUCAGGAUAAUCUUCCUUUGUUUUGCUGACAAGUGUUUACAAAUGAGUACACGUGUACCACAUUCUCCUCCAGCUUGCAGCGCACCGUCGCUGCUUAGAAACGGCAAAAGUGUAGCACGAGCCGUCUAUAAAACCGUGAGUCCGUGACAGCAAGAAGAGAACUGGAAGUGACCUCUAGAACCUUUCCAUCCUUAUCCUCGCUGUUAAUGAAAACUCAUUUCUAUCCACAAAAAAAAA